GCAGGCUGUUUAGACUCUCGCGUGCAUACGUCGCGGCACCAAAACAAUCGCGCGAAGCCAUAUUCACCAGCGCGAGUGCUGUUUGUGGCUUUAGUUCCCUCUUCUUUCACUGGGUCUGACCUUGCUAUCCAUGCGAAAACGAAGGCAGGCGCGUCUGUGCCAUACACUUCCACAUUUUCUGAGCCUUGAAGGCAGGCAUUCGGCCCCGAGUGCAACCGUUCAUCUACACUGCGUUGGAAAUGCCGGACGGCCAGGAUUUAUGUUCCAGUGGACAGCACAUAUCCUACGCUCCAGUUGUGGUUGGUUCCGACGACAGAGAACUUGUGGCGAUCAGCAAGGAUGAGACGAGCGAAACCGAUAAACUGUCACAGGACGUCGAUGGAGUGGACUUCACUGGCACGUACUCGCCGGUUGACAAGAAGAAAAGCAUUCUGGAAAGACACAAGAGGAAAAUUUGUCUCCUUCCCAUGAUCCACACUCAGUUCUGGGUGGCUGCAGCGUAUUCACUUUUGGCGCCACUUUUUCCGGCUCUGGCUGUUUCCAGAGGUCUUGAAGCCUGGGAGUAUGGAUUUGUUUUUUCUUUGGGAAAGAUAACCACAUUAAUAGGGUCAGCAUGGGCAAAAAAACUGAUACAGCAGACAUCUCCAAAAUCUGUAUAUCUUAUUGGACAAGUGGGAUACUUCCUGGCAAACGCGGUAUAUGGUGCCUUGUACUGGAUUCCUGGAGACUACAUGAUGUUAGGUGUUGCGUUGUUCGGAGGUGCAUUAGGUGGAUUGAGCGAAUCUCUUUACUGCGUCGCUAGUUAUGCAACAGCCACUGUUGUACUGGCGGACCACCUUGGCUUUGCUGUCGCUGGGAUGCAAGUCCUGUGGGGACUAGGCGGAGCAACGGGUGCCACACUUGGCGGCGCAAUUGCAGACCUGUGGGGAUAUCCUGCGUCAUUCUUCGUGAUGUCAUCGGUGUUUAUGCUGUCCUCUCCUUUCAUUGCGACAUCACGGAUCUUCCGAAGAAACCGAAAACCUGCAGCUGGGGAUCCACACGCAAAUGGCGAGAAAAUUUGCGGGGAAGCCAAUAUGAAGCAUUAUUGGCUGCUUCGGGAUGCUAGGUUCAUUUCUUAUUUGUUCAAUUUAUUUCUCAAUGGUCUAAUAUUUGGAUUCCUCGAGCCAACGUUAGAGCCUUAUCUAAAUCAGUUUCACCACAGUAGCUCAGGCAUUGGCAGUGUCUUCAGCGUAUACGCCCUUACUUUCUGCGUUGCUUCUGCUGUGUGUGGUUUUAUCUGCCACUGUAAGGCUGAGAUCCGUUGCCUGCCGCUCGCCCAUCUGCUCAGCUUAACGGGCUUCAUCGCGAUAGGCCCAGCGCCGUUCCUGCCAUUUGAACCCACCAUGAACCUUAUUUACGUUUCCCAAGUGCUACUGGGUGCAGGAGUCGCAUCGAUGCACGCGCUUUCAUACUCAACUGCAAUCAAGCGCGCAAUCACUAAAGGUUACAAAGAAGACAUUGACACAAGUAGCUUUGUGUGUGGUGCAAUAUUUGCCGCAUACGUCAUAGGGGCAACUCUGAGUCCACCUAUCAGUGGCUAUGUCGUUGAAGCGUUGGGAUUCCGAGCCGGCUCCAUGAUAAUUUUUGGAGUGCUGGUUGCCUGGAUGAUUGCACUGCUACUACUCCAGAAGAAUUCAAGGAGUGUACACUGACCUCACUGGCCCGUAUCGGACUGCCUGACAGUUGUCGGCAAAAAUGCUGCGCUGCACAACGGGAACAUAUCGUAGACUUUCCACAGAUGGCGCUCACAUCAUCAAAUUUCUGGCAUCUUCUGCACUGAAGUGGCUUGGGAAUAAAUGGCCGGACAGCAUGUCGGAAAUGACCUACUUCGACAUGCGACCCUAUGAAGAGGAUUUUUACACAUUGGAAAUUUCCGAGACGGACCACCUGGAGUAUUUCAGUCCCAUUUUCGGUAAUAAUAAUCAAAAGUGGCAGAUCGUCGCUUGAGAUGGCCGCAUCAAUAUCAUACAUUACGCCUGUAGUAGCCUCCUUUUCCAAGCAGGAUGAUGGUACGAACGUUCAUGCCACCGAGGACAAUGACAGUGAGCAGAGAGUCUAACACCGACGCUUGAGCGACGUCUACAGGAACAAUACUAUUCGGUGCACUGACUCUGACGUCCUCAAUUCCUUUUGUUUGCCAAUAGCGUCUCGAAUUUAUCCGAUGCAACUUGCCUGAUGCGGAGCCUCACGUUGCCGGAUGGUAGCGCAGGUAAGGAGAGCAUAGUGUACUUCGGCAAAUUUUGCGGAGUCCUCAUGGUAGAUGUGUCCAAAGAGGCCCUGAGAAUCCACCGCUUUGCUUUCGGACUCAAGACACCCGCACAGUCGUCGUCGGAGCUCUGUCGUCGCGCUCGGUCGGCCUCGCUGUCGCUCGAGAGGCAGUUCCACUUCCUUGAGGCUGUCGACGCGGACGCCACUAAAGGAGGUGGGAGUGCGAAUGACUCUACUUUUAUUCCCGUGAAGCAGGGAACAGUGGCCCCGGUAAAAAAGCGAGAAUUACCAGAAGAUCCUGGUGACAGCGAACAAGCACUCAGCAACAGAAUCACUCCGAGGACUUCAAGCUGUUCAAACCUCAACAAUGCGGCUAUGUAGC